AUGAUCCAGGCUUUCGGUCAGGCCGGGAUUCCCAACAGAGCAAAGAAAGUUUUUGAGAGUCGCUGUCCAGAACGAGAUAUGAUCACUUGGACAGCUUUUCUUUCGGCACUUGCGGCAAAUGGGAUGGUGCAAGAUGUGAAGGAUGCGCUCGAAGAUGCCAGAGAAGAAUUGCGUUUCUUGGGACGCUCAACAGAUAGGUGGCUUUUCCUUCGGCGUAUAGGAUGCCUCAACACAGUUGUCACGGCUUCCAACUUCUUGAUCGAAGCGCUCGCUCAAAACGAUUCCAAAGUAACUUUUCUGGCGCUGUCUCACACGUGGGCUGGAGAAAUGAAGGCCGCGGCUACGUUACUAGAAAGGAUGCCACAGACCACAGUCAACAUGGAGAUAAGAGGGGGCCUGGGAUAUUCCAGGAAUGGUGAUGCCGUGCGUGCCGUCCAAGUGUUCUUCCGGGAGAUGACGCAGCGUAACAUCGUGUCGUGGAACUCGAUUCUCCAAGCGCUGUUGCACGACGUCAUCUCCUGGACGUCGCUGGUGGCCAAGUUCGCUUCGAAGCCCGAGUUCCAAGACGAGGUGAGGAACUUAUUCCAGAGAACGCCUGAAAGAGAUAUUGCAGCGUGCAGUGCAUUGAUCGCCGCCUAUGCUCACAGCGGUCAAGCGAGAGCGUCGCUGGAGCUCUUCCGGCUCAUGGACUUGGAAGGACGCCGCGACUUUUGUGAGCGCCAUGGAGGAGCGAGACGUCGUCUCCUGGAACGCAUUGGUGGCGGCCACUCUCACCACGGCCACGGCAACAAAGUCUUCCUCGAGCUUCUCCCCGAGAUGGUGCUACAGAUAGUGCAUCCAGACAGCGUGACGCUCACCAGCUGCGCUUACAGUCACGUAGGCCUGCUCGACGGCGGCUUGGAGUUCCUCGGCCGGAUCCCUGAGGACUUUAGCAUGCAAGCGACGCUGGACAAGGGCGAUUGGAAGAUGCCGAGGAGCUGGUUGAGGUGA